AUGGCCGGGAUGAAUUUCUGUUUUGGGCACUGUCCCACUCCCGGAUCGGAUGUGGCGCUCAUUGGCCAACAACACUUGUUGCUCACCCGAAGGAGUAGAUGCACCCACCGGAACACUGUCCUCAAACUAUAUAACAACCACCUGCCAGUAUAUCGAAAUCAGUCGACCACUGAGCUCCAAUUUACUGAAGAUUUCAUCGUCCAGCGAGUCAAAAUGACCUCCAAUACUAUUACUGUUUCCCUUCCUCAGCUGGCAAAAAUGAUCGACCACUCUCUCCUUCAUCCGACAAUGACCGAUGCCGACGUCAUCGCAGGGCUCAGAAUUGCCCGAGAGCACAAAGUGGCUACUGCUUGUGUUAAACCAUACUGCAUUCCUCUUGCCGUCAAAGAAUUAGCCGGGACGGAUGUCCUAGUCUGCCCCGUUAUCGGGUUCCCGCACGGGAACAGUACCACCGAGAUCAAAGUGGCCGAAGCAAUCGCGGCGGUCAAAGCAGGGGGCGCUGAGAUUGAUAUGGUUGUCAAUGUCGGUAAAGUCCUUGGCGGCGAUUGGGAGUAUGUGACCGCGGAGAUUCGGCAGAUCAACGAUGCCGUCAAGGCUGAAGGCGCUCUGCUAAAAGUCAUUCUCGAGAAUGAUUAUUUGAGCGACGACCAUGUUGCUCGGCUUUGUGAGAUCUGCACAGAUCUCGAUGUUGCGUUUGUCAAGACUUCGACCGGAUAUGGAUUUGUGAAGCAGGCGGACGGGUCGUAUAAUUACAAGGGCGCGACGGUUAGGCAUCUCAGGCUGAUGCGGGAGAAGGCUGGUGAGAAGGUGCAGAUCAAGGCUGCUGGCGGCGUCAGGACCUUGGACGACUUGCUGCAUGUAAUAAGCCUGGGUGUCACUCGGAUUGGCGCCACAGCUACCGUGGCGAUUUUGGAGGAGGCGAGGAAGCGCGGCAUUGGGAAUGAGCCUGUUGAAGUAUCUUUCAAGCCGAUGAAGGAGGCUGGGGAAACCAGUGGAUACUAG